CGCUACGCACAGUUUGAAGAUCUCGAAAAGUGCUGAGGACGUCCACGACUACUCUUUUUGCUCCACCUUCAACAAAGACACAUCAUCACAAUGUCGGCCACCAACAAGCUUGUUUCGCCCGCGACUGCCUCUGACUUGGAGCUUUCGAUUGCCCAGAGUCUGUACGACCUCGAGACCUCGGUCGCUGACCUCAAGGCUGAUCUCCGACCACUCCAGUUCAGCGCUGCCAAGGAGAUUGAUGUCUCUGGCGGCAAGAAGGCCAUCGCCAUCUUCGUUCCCGUUCCCCUCCUCGCGUCUUUCCACAAGAUCCAGCAGCGUUUGACCCGUGAGCUCGAGAAGAAGUUCUCGGACCGCCACGUCGUUUUCAUCGCCCAGCGUCGCAUUCUCCCCAAGCCCGGCCGCCGCUCAAGACAGCAGCAGAAGCGCCCCCGCUCGCGCACUCUGACCGCCGUCCACGACGCUAUCCUCGAGGACCUCGUCUUCCCCACAGAGAUUGUUGGCAAGCGCAUCCGAUCACUCGUUGGAGGUGGCAAGAUCCACAAGGUCUACCUCGACAACAAGGACUCCACCGCCAUCGACUACAAGCUCGAGUCCUUCCAGUCCGUCUACUCCAAGCUUACCGGCAAGCAGGUCGUUUUCGAGUUCCCUGCCAUCCAGGGCGAGGUCUACUAGAUGGCGUUUGGGUUUCGGUUUUGUUGAGUGUUAGGCAAAAAAAUAAAAGCGUGUGAAGUAUACAAAGAUCAACCAUAAUAUUCUCUUUUUUUCUAUCUUUUAAUAUGAAUACUUGCCGGCGUUCAUUCUAAUGCUUGCAUCUGUUAUUUUUUUCGUAAUGUGCCGAAAGAAAGAAGGAGAGGAAGAGAAUGAGAAUGAGCACGAGGCAUCAUAAAAAUGAGAGAGGAGUGCAAAAGUUGGAGAAAAGGUUGCUUUGUCUGCGGAUCUGCCUUUCGUUGUUAUCUCGAAUGUACUUGUAAUGUGUAAAUACAAUGUUCUGCCUCUUACUCUGCUCUGUUGCUGUCUAUGACCAUGAUGAUGACUUAUGGCUGCGCAGUGG